AUGGCCUCCCGCAGCGCGGGCACCCUAGUGACCGAGUUCAGUGCUGCCUACAGGCCCCCUGCCCUCAUGCCAGGGUACAAAGGCCACGUUCCCGGCUUGGACUACUCCUUCGGCUCCACCUAUGGCAACGCCACUCUCAAGUACUUCCAGGACCACCGCAAUGCAGCCCUGGAGAACAGCGGCACCGCCUUCAGCAAGGGCGGCCACUUCCCAACCCUCUGCUCCCCGAACCUCGACCUCGUGCUGUGUAGCCGCUCGCAGGCCCGGGCCCGCUGGCUGCACAGGCCCAGCUACACCCGCUUCAACCUGGACAAUGAUCGCUCCACCGAACUCUACCGCUUCUACCAGAUGGCACAGGAGCACCGAAAGCACUAUCGAGACAAGACGGACACGGUGCCCCGGGUCCCCUACUUCGUGCUGCCUGUGAAGGAGCGGGAACGGUACCCCAUCCCCACCGACCUGCCUCCGCUGAGCCCGAAGGAUAAGUGGCACCUUUUAAGAUUGUCCCCCGACAACCUGAAGACCUACCAGACGUUCCCAUCUGGGAAGAGGGUCUCGUCACAGGAGCGGCAGAAGAGAGACUUGUACUUUGAGUUCAGAGCAUGA